ACCACCAACACCACGCGCGCGCGCGCGCGCUCUCAACAGUCGCCAAGACCCUCGGUCGCACUCCGCGCGCCUCGCUGAGCGCGCCGCUCAUUGGAUCAUGAAUUCGGGACAACAACGACACCACCACCAGCACCACCAGCAGCAGCAGCAACAACAACAAGAAGAGCAGCAACAACUGUAAUAAAAUAAAACACUAAAAACAAAUAGUCACCUGCUGGGCGGGUGCUUCAUGGACCCUCGGAUCGAAUUGCUGCAAUCGUUGUCGACGGUCCAGCAGCAGCAGCAUCGGGAGGAGAGUUCACAUCCGCCACGCUUCGCGAUCGCUUUUACGGAGAACUUCUAAACAACAACAAUAAUCGAUGUCGAAAAUCCCCCGCGGAGUUGACCUUCGCGUGGGGCCCUCAUCCCGAGCGAGCGAGCCGGCACCGUCACCCCACAUCACGGCCUCGCCAAGAAGCUCGCCCCGACAGAGGUGAGACACCGCGAGAGGGAGCGGGGAGCAGGCGCGACCUUGCCGGGGGGCCGGUGCGCUCGACCUUCUCCGUCUCUCGCAGCCCUUGCCAGCUCCGUCAACUUUCUUAAACAAGCGCCGCUGCCGGUUCCGCCUCUGCCAAGAGUCAAGGUUUUGGCUGCUCGCCCAUUAGGGAGUUUGGGGGCUUGAGCGCUGCCGCCGCUCCAGCCACACCGGCAAAAACAGCAUCGCGCGCGUGCAAGCAGUCGAUAUUCGCCAUCGAUCGGCCCGCGCACCACACCGCGCGCCAUUAAGCGCGGGCCUUUUGCCGAGGAAAUAAAACACCUUAAGCCGAGCAAUGGUCCGUGAGAAAUCGGGCGAGAUUUACGCUACGCUUGGUAAAGAAUACAAAAUGCCGCUGCCGCGAGGUCGCUGCGCGCGGCGGAUGGCAGGGGUGCCCGCAGAACGAGUUCUCUAAUCUGAUGCUCAAACCCACCAUGUGAGCCAUUGCCCUCGUAACGACCAAUAGACCACCGCCGCUAAGGAGUGAAGAGUUAUCGCAGCGGCGGCAGCAGCUGGCGCCCGACGGAUGCCGCGUGGCUUAUCCCCGCAAGUCCUUUCUCGAAACAAGACACGUGAAAGGUGACACCUCCUGACCUGCGCCGCGCCCAUUACGAGGAUUUACGGUCAUAAUAAGUCGCGGGCUCCACGAUCGAUACGUCCAAUUUGAGCGUGUCCGCUCUGAGCGGGCGUCAGCACCAGGGACAGCUCCCCCCCCUCCCUCCACCACCCCCACCCUCCACCACCCCCCUCCCACGGCCGAGAGAUGGCUCGCGACGUCGGCCCGCGGCGCCCUGCGCGGAGACCCGAGAACCGCUCCAUCGCCGCCCGGCGUUGACGGGCGGCCUCGGGGCGCGAGCCGCGCCAAACCGCGCCGAUGGCCACGACGGCGCGCCGGGCCAAGGCGUUCGUGUGGGAGCAGCUGCCGCCCAUGCCCACCAAGCGCGUGUACUGCACCCCCGCGGCGUGCGCCGGGCAGCUGUACGUCGCGGGCGGCUGCGACGCGUCGGGGGCGCCCCUCGACUGCCUGGAGGCGCUGGCGCCCGACGCGAGCCAGUGGACCAGGCUGGCGCCCAUGCCCACGGCGCGCGCAGGCGUCGGGGUGGCGGCGCUGGGCAAGCAGCUGCUGGCGCUGGGCGGCGUGGACGGGCAGCAGAGGCCCGUGGCGGCCGUCGAGGCGUUCUGCACGGAGGAGCGGCGCUGGGAGAGGAAGGCCCCGCUGCCCGAGCCGAUCAUGGGCAUGGCGGUCAUCGUGAAAGACUGCCGCGUGUUCGUGGCGGGCGGCAUGGGCGCGGACACGACCCCCCUGGCCACGCUGUGGGAGUACGAGGCCGUGCGGGACGCGUGGCGUGCGCUGGCGCCCAUGCCCACGCCGCGCUACGCCGCCACGGCCUUCGUGCGCGGGGGCAAGAUCUACGUGCUGGGCGGGCGGCAGGGCAAGAACCCCGUGACGGCCUUCGAGGUGUACGACGUUGAGGCGGGCACGUGGGCACGCUUCCCGGACCUGCCUACCAAGCGGGCCUUCGCGGGCCACGCGCUGGCCGAUCGGGCCCUCUACAGCCUGGGCGGCCUCGAGCAGCCCGGCCUGCACAACUACUACUCGCGGCCCACCUUCGUGAGCACCGUCGAGACCUUUGACUUCACGCAGGGCGGUUGGGUGAGGUCGACGCGAGCCCGCAGCAUGCGCGAGCGCCGGGCCGACUUUGUCGCCGGGUUUCUGGGUGGCCGCGUCUUGGCCAUCGGCGGACUCGGCAACCAGACGUCCCCGCUGGCGUCCGUGGAGGGCCUGGACCCGGAGCGGGGCCGCUGGGAGUCGCUCGCCUCCAUGCCCACGCCGCGCUGCUCCUGCUCGUGCGUCGCUCUGGACGGGCGCCUGCUGCUCGUGGGCGGCGUCAGCCAAGGCCCCAGUGACGCCGUCGAGGCCCUGGGCGUCCUGGACGACGUCUGACGCUGGCCCGAUGGACUUUGCCGUCGGCUGACGCGGGCAGGAGAAGCCCGGGACAUCCGCCGCGGCCAUCGAAGGCGGAAAAAACGAACGCCGGGGGGGGGGGGGGGGGGUUUGCGUUGGGACGCGCUGGUGGCGGGAGGCCCCAAGCGAACAAAGCAAAAGUUUAGGGCCCCCAAGCUGCGCAAGGGGUCAUUCCUGAAUAAACGGAGAUGCACCCAAAUUUCAGCUCGAGUUCAGAUGCUAUUCAACGUAGCAAGAUAAUGAAUCUUCUUGGGAGCGCUGUCUUCCCGACAGUUCUGUUUCUUCACCUGUGGACGGCUACUUGUGUUUUGGCCGAAACGUCGUGAGAAUUUUAUUAUGUUUUAUUAUUAUUAUUUGACUUUACCGAAAGAACCAAGAAGAUGAAUCCCUGCAGUCACGAAAGCUUUAAAUCGAUAAAAAAAGAUAGUGAAUGUUAAUCGACAAUCUGUCAUCCCUCUGCCUCGUCUAUACCCCUCUCUCAUCCCAUUGCACAUCUACCCAUCUUCUUCUUCUUGGUCAACAUUGCUCUCACGUCGCGACAUCUAUAUCCAACAUCCACAUCUCGUCGGGGUCAUCUCGCUCGGAGUUUUUCAUUAAAAGGGGGACGUGGAGCACUCACGUCGCGACAUUCACACUCACGUCGCGACAUUCACACUCACGUCGCGACAUUCACACUCACGUCGCGACAUUCACACUCACGUCGCGACGUUCACACUCAC